GAUUUUUUUCCCCCCCACUGUUUUUCAGGCAUUGGGAAAAACGUCAUCUGUGACCGAACAGCGACUCCCCUGGAUGCCUUUCGGAUGAUGACCGCCGCUCAUUACUACCCAAAGCUCAUGAGCAUCAUGGGGAACGUUUUGCGCUUCCUGCCUGCUUUCGUGAAGAUGAAGCAGCUGAUCCAAGAGGGUUAUGUGGGGGAGCUGCUGGUGUGUGAGGUACAGGUCCACAGUGGGAGCCUGCUGGGCAAGAAGUACAACUGGAGCUGCGAUGACCUGAUGGGAGGCGGGGGCUUGCACUCGGUUGGCACCUACAUCAUCGACCUGCUGACCUUCCUCACCAGCCAGAAGGCUGUGAAGGUGCACGGGUUGCUCAAGACCUUCGUGAAGCAGACAGACCACAUCAAGGGCAUCCGGCAGAUCACCAGCGAUGACUUCUGUACAUUUCAGAUGGUCCUGGAGGGGGGCGUGUGCUGCACGGUGACACUCAACUUCAACAUCCCGGGGGAGUUCAAACAGGACAUCAUCGUGGUGGGCUCGGCGGGACGGCUCAUUGUGAUGGGCACUGACCUCUACGGACAGAGCAACAGCUCUCCUCAGCGGGAGCUCCUGCUGAAGGACUCCACGCCAGUCAGCAACUCCUUGCUCCCGGAGAAAGCCUUCAGUGACAUCCCAUCCCCCUACCUGCGGGGCACCAUUAAGAUGGUGCAGGCUGUCCGGCAGGCCUUUGAGGACCAGGACGACAGGAGGACCUGGGACGGGAGGCCCCUUACGAUGGCUGCCACUUUUGAUGACUGUCUGUAUGCCCUGUGUGUGGUGGACACCAUUAAAAAGUCAAACCAGCUGGGGGAGUGGCAGAACAUUUCAAUCAUGACUGAGGAGCCAGAACUGAGCCCGGCAUACUUGAUCAGCGAAGCCAUGCGGAAGAGCAGGAUGUCUCUGUACUGCUAGCUCCUCUGAGCUCCUGUGAAAGAAUAGGAACCAGACAGCUCUUGAAGGAGAUGGUAAUUCGGCCCCUGUGAAGGGCUUUGGGUGUCUUAGAAACAGCUGAGGAUACAGGAGAAGGAAACCCAGUGUCUGGAUCAAUUAAAUCUGUUGGCAGCUAAAUGCCAAACUGAUGUGGUCCUUCGGAAUGCCCAAAAUGGACUGGAGAUUUAAGAGCUGAAAAACUUGACUGUUUUAAUAACAGUAUUAGCUGGCUGAUUGCAAAGAUAUAUCAUGGACUCAUCCCCUGCUUGCAGGUGCUUUAGAUUAUCCAACUGUGUUUACUGUGAAAGGUUGGGAAGAUCCUUUUUAGAUUUUCCUCACCUACCAGAGGGCUGUGAAGGUACUGUCAUGUCAUUAAAUUUUCUGUAGUGUCUGACAUGAAUGGUUCCUACCAUGACAGCUGACACCACCAUGCUGUAUUACUACACCUCCAACCAACACACAGAAUAACAGGACUUGAUGUGAAAGUGUUGCAGGAUUCAGAAAAUCUUUGCAGCUCACUUUUCAUACAGCCUGUUAGGAGCUUCUAUGUGUUGGUUUAGUAGUUGAUGUUUGUUUUGUUUGGUUUAGAUUUUUGGUUUUGUUUUUUUCUUUAAAGCACAAUUACAUAAGAAAAUGUGUGGCUUUUAAAACAAAGCAGUCCUCAACCACAGUGCAUAUGCCUGGGUAUUUGGGGAGGGAGGCCUUCUGUGAGCUCCUGCUAAGCGUCAGCGUUACGGGUUUGCCGGUUAAAAUGGGUGGUGGAAAACAUUCAUGGAUGGCAGACGGCAAGACAUAGUAAUGAUAAUGGGGUUUAUUAUACAGCUGAACUCAGCUAAAAGAUUUGCACAAGU